AUGGCUACUACGCUCAUUACUUCUGCGCAUACAAACAUUAUUCUUAGCAAAAGUGCACAAAGCAAUAAUAUUUUUUGGCAAGUAGGAAGCAGCGCAACGUUAGGAGCAAACAGCUCCUUCAUGGGACAUAUACUUGCUCAAGCCUCAAUCACUGUCGGUGCAACCGCCAAUAUAACCGGCCGUGUCUAUGCUCGAGCAGCUAUAUCUUUUGCAGGUGCUGAUAUAAUUCACUUACCUGGGAUUUGUUAA